AUGAGUGCCUCAGAAGGUACAGUGGAGACUCGUCUAAAUAGAACCUGCGAGGGUUGUCGGAAGAGGAAGAUCAGGUGCAUCUCGGACCUUUCCAACUCACAGCCUUCGUUGGAAAAAUGCAACCGCUGCAGAAAGCUGGACAUUGAAUGUGUCUUCAACGCUCCAGCCACAAGAAAAAGACGGAGACGCAAUGAAACAAGAAUCCACGAACUUGAACAGAAGCUCGAGGAAGUUCAGCGGGUGGUUGCUACAGGGCGCCAAGGAGACCUGUGCAUACCACCAACCUCAGAAGCCUCGCUAACGCCCGCGAGUAGCCAAGGCUCAUUUCCAUCAUUUGGGCGCAUCUCAACCACGUCUCCCAGCCAUUCUACAUCUUACGAGACUACUAGCGAAUCGCCGGUCGAGGGAGACCCUGUGUCGCGAGGAAUUAUUGAAGAGUCGCUCGCAGAAGAAUUAUACACCAAGUUCUUUACUGACGUUUUACCGCAUUACCCUUUGAUUCAACAGGACGCUCCCCUCUCAUGGCGGGCUUUGCAGCAAGAUCGACCAGCACUCUUCCGGGCCAUACUGGCAACGUCAUCAAGUAGCUUCAGGCCAGAUCUCUGGACGCCACUCUUUCGAGAUGCGGAGCGAUAUGUCAUGGAUCAUCCUCCGGACAAGUUCCAGUAUUUGAACUUUGGCCAGUUUAUUAAUAUCGCAGCUACUAUGGUAAUUGACCUGCGAUCCUCAAAUGACGAGCGAUAUCAAAUUCCGUCGUCUAAUCCUGAAGUUUUACAUACGAAGGAAUACUUGGAAGCUGUUAGGGCGUUCUCAGCUUGCUACUUUCUAUGCUCAGGUAUUGCCAUGUCAUUCCGUCGGCCGAGCACGCUAUACUAUGGCCCCUGGGUGCAAGAGUGUAUAAAUAUCUUAGAUUCUCCAGCUAGCACACAUCUUGGUGAUCGACGUUUGGCAGCAUGGAUCAGACUCCAACGGCUUGCAGAAGAGUCUCUUGCCAUAGCCAGAGUUGGGUCAGAUGAGAACUCGUCAAGAUUUAAUCAUUCGGACCCGCGUACCCGUUUUAUUCUGCAAGGCUGUCUCGAACGAGUCAAGGAUUGGCGGCAGAAUCUGCCAGAAGAAAUUAUGACCCUAACUCUCGAGAUACACUACCAUGUCAUCCUCCUUAACCUCUAUGAGCCAGGUCUUUAUGAUAAUCACGAGUUUCGAGAUUUUCGCCCUCCUUAUGCUAUUCAUACUUUCCUGUCAACGAACACAUUCGCUCCGGAUUUGCCACAGUAUGUUGAUGCGCGCAUAGAAUGCCUGGAUGUGGCUCGGAACCUGAUUCAGUUGUUCCUUCAAUUCUCCCCCAAAAUCCUACAGCAAGUGCCCGUAAUCGUCUUUACCAGGAUGAUGUAUGCUGUUGUUAUGAUCAUUAAACUCGAGGUUUUUAAUAGACCGACCACCGAUGGAGGGGAUAUGUCGGAAGCUGAACAGAUUGCUGCUCUGGACUUAAUGCGCCUUGUCCUCGAAAAGCUCAAAUUAUCAUCGGACGAAGGACGCUUUUUUAUCCCAACAACCUUCCAUGCCGUGUUGGGGAGAUUGCACAGCCGAUGUGUCGAGAGUUAUUGGCGUCUGGCCAUGGGCCAGAACGAGAUGAACCAGAUCAUCAAACCUCUCAUGAACCUUCAAGUUCAAGACUCGAGCAAGGAGAAAGAGGAAACAUCUUCAGAAGUGCACCGGGAGCGUCCGAUUCCCCAGCAACAGGUCCUUGGACUUGAGUAUCUGUCUCAGCAGACGGAAGAUGGUGUUUUCCUAGACACGUCCAUAUCGCUAGAUGAUUGUUUUCCAAGUCCCGCAGCCAAUUCUGGUGUAGAAGUGCUUUGGACCAAUUUCUUUAGCAAAGGAUUUCUGCCAACAGGUACAGAACAGGGGUUUGACAUGAGAAUCAUGGGUACUUAA